GGAACAGUUGUGAAACGGCUGCGCGGUGGACUCUGAUUGGUUGAUAAAAGGAUUAUACGCAAUGACGUAUAUCCUCCUCGCCCCAACGGUGUGGGAAUUCCGCUGCGGAGUCAAAAUACUCGGCUUCGGCUCAGGUUUCCAUCAAAUAAAACAUAACCAUGAAAAAUCAAGAUUCUGAGAGUAAGUUCAGCCCGUCUGCUGAUGGUGUUGAGGCUGAAUUAGUUGGAGUCGCAGGUGCAGAACCUUUUGGAGGAGAAGAUGAUCUAAGGGUUGAAUCUGCUGGACUGGAAACAGUUUGUCAAACAAUUGAAAAAUCUAGUGGCCAGAAUGGGCUUGUUGAAAACCAUGAUAAUGUCGAAGUCUGUGAAGAGGUUCUGAAACAAGCAGCAGGAAAUGAUGGUGAGGAAUCAUUUAUUGUCCAAGGGACGUCAACUGCAGAGAGCUUGAACAGCCUCCAGCCUGAGUCUUCGACAUCUGAUGUCUCAGAUGAGCUUAGCCGACAGCUAGAAGACAUUCUGAACACUUACUGCUGUAAUCUGCCAGACCACAGUUCUUCUGUGCAGUCUGAGGAAUCACCAGAAAUGGAAGAGCUUGAAAAGUGUGCCAACAGCGAGCCACUCAGGAAUGGUGUGCGGGAGAUAGAGUGUGGGGAGAUGAGUGAAGAGAUUGAGAAAGUGGUGAAGGCUGAGGUUCGUGUCAAAGAGAAUGGAGAUGUCCAGAACAACAAGGACCUGAAAAAAGCUCCAGAAAAAAAGAAAACCAAAGCAUUGGGAAAGGAAAUUACAUUACUGAUGCAAACAUUGAAUACUUUGAGCACCCCGGAAGAGAAGCUUGCUGCACUCUGCAAAAAAUAUGCAGAUAUGCUUGAAGAGCACAGAAAUACACAAAAACAAAUGAGGCUGCUACAAAAGAAACAAACCCAGAUUAUCCAAGAGAAGGAUCACUUGCGGAAUGAGCAUAGCAAAGCCAUUCUAGCACGUAGCAAGCUGGAGAGCUUGUGUCGUGAGCUGCAGCGCCACAACCGAACGCUCAAGGAAGAAGGUGUUCAACGUGGAAGGGAUGAGGAAGAAAAGCGUAAAGAGAUCACUUCUCACUUCCAAGUAACUCUAAACGAUAUCCAGGCACAGAUGGAACAACACAAUGAACGGAAUUCCAAACUGCGCCAGGAAAACAUGGAGUUGGCUGAGAAACUGAAGAAACUGAUAGAGCAAUAUGAGCUGCGAGAGGAGCACAUUGACAAAGUGUUCAAGCACAAAGAUCUACAACAACAACUCAUUGAUGCCAAGCUCCAGCAAGCACAGGAGCUACUGAAAGAAGCAGAAGAAAGGCAUCAGAAAGAGAAAGAUUACCUGUUAAAGGAGACUGUGGAAAGCCAGAGAAUGUGUGAACUGAUGAAGCAACAAGAAAUUCAUCUGAAACAGCAGUUGGCACUCUACACUGGAAAGUUUGAAGAAUUCCAGACUACUCUGUCAAAAAGCAACGAAGUAUUUACAACCUUCAGACAAGAGAUGGAAAAGAUGACAAAAAAGAUUAAGAAACUGGAAAAGGAGACAACGAUGUAUCGGAGUAGAUGGGAGUGCAGUAAUAAAGCUUUACUGGAUAUGGUCGAGGAGAAAACCCUGCGCGACAAAGAAUUUGAAAAUCUUCAGAUAAAGAUUCAGCGCCUGGAGAAAUUGUGUCGAGCUCUUCAGACUGAGAGGAAUGACUUGAAUAAAAAGGUUCAUGACCUGAGUGUCCAGUCUACACAGGAUGGGCACAACAAGGGGGCUGGAGAAAAUGAAGAUUCUCAGUCCUUCAGUAGUGUUCCCCAAGAUGAUCAAGGCAAAGGAUCUACACCAGGUGUUUCUGUAAAGCCUAAUUGCCCUAGCCAAGAAAUUCAGCUCUCAUCUGAAGUUUGUGCUUGUGUGACUGAGCAAAUACAGUCACCCAUAUUUACAGAAAAUUUGGAGAAAUCUACCAGUGAAGCUUCUAGCACCCAGCCUGAAUUACUAUCAUCAAACAGCUCAUCAGAGUAGCUUGCCAUGGCCAUAGGGAGUGCAAAAAGAAGUACAUAGAAUGUUAUUAAAUCUAAAAUGUUUGGGCUGUAUGGAACUGAGACAUUUUUACAAUAUCUUCGUUUGGGUGAAAUUAUUCAUUAGUGAUUUGGUUAAAUAAGUUUCCUCAAAAGCUUGUUGACAAAACUUCUGUAUUAGACCAAAUGGUUCAUGCAAGUAUGAGUCAAAAAAGUUUGGUUUAAUUGCAUGCAAAAGCUAUCAGUGUGAUUGAAAUAGGCUCCUGAAGUCAACUUUGCACAUUCAACAGUAGAGGCCAUUUGAAGUAAAUCAGAUGGUCCAUUUUUUAUUUACACUUUCUUAGGUUUUAAUGUUCUUUCUGCACUCCCUGUCCUUGGAGUAUACACCUAUACCUCUCCAGUUACUUUGAUUUUAUUGAGCUGUUUUCUGUCCACAAAAGUUGGCAAACACAGUUCUUUGUCUACUUUAGCUUUUUAGUAGAUCAUUAGAGGAUGUGCAACAGUGGCAUGGCAAAAAACACAUCUUUUUCACCCCUGCUUUUGAAGUGGUUUUUAAAGUACCCCUGGCAUGUGAAAAAACAAGGGUCAGACAGAAGGAAGUACAGAGAAGCCUUUUUCCACAACUCAUUUUGUUUGAAGACUGAAAAGAUUGAAGGUUUAAAUUAACCGAGAAAAUGUUAAUUUAAAUUAACUAAAGCAAGUGAUAUUUAAGCAAACCAUUUACUCUUGGAUAACACUGUCAAAAAGUCUUUGAGGGAGCUUUCAUAUCCUCGAUUCCAUCUAAUUUACAUAAAUCGACAAUUUAACUGAACCAAACUUCAUACUUUCUCUCUUUGUCCACUUUUUUAAAAAAAUCUUGCUUCCAUACUGUUUCUUCAUUUAACAUUUGCUUAAGAAUCAGAAAAGAUUAUCUCAAACUUUUAUCUUGGAUCUUAGUAAAUCUUUUAAAACAUAUUAUUGUGAAAUGUAAAGCUGAAGAUAUUGCCAUUGCAAAUGGUGUUUGUGAUGUUACCUUUUUGGGAAAGUUUUAUUUACUUGUUUGUAGUUCAUUAUGUUCUCUUAAAGCUCAUUAAUAUGAGCACUGAAUAAAAAUGUCACAUGCACUUUCAUUUGCCACCUUCACUUUGUUCUGAAGUCCCGAGAGAUUUUACAGGACUAUGAUGAUGUUACAGAUGGACGGUGGAGGCAAUUGGUUUUCCUUUUUAACCACAUUUUCUACCAAAUAAAAUCUUUUGUUAUACUUAGCA